AUGGCUACCGCGACCGUCACGACGACCAAGCGCAAGGGCGACCUCGCACCUGAGAGCGAGCGCUUUUUGCGCUGCUGCGCCGACGUCGCCAAUGCCCUCAUCGAGGACCACGAGGCCAGCAAGGACGGCCGCACCUCGCGGGACAUCAACCUCAACAGCCUGCGCGCCAAGAUGUCCAAGAAGCACAAGCUGACAAACAUCCCGCCGCUGACGGCCAUCAUCGCCGCCAUCCCCGAGCACUACAAGAAAUACAUUCUGCACAAACUCAUCGCCAAACCCAUCCGAACCUCGUCCGGCAUCGCCGUCGUCGCCGUCAUGUGCAAGCCGCACCGCUGCCCGCACAUUGCCUACACGGGCAACAUUUGCGUGUACUGCCCCGGCGGGCCCGACUCCGACUUCGAGUACAGCACACAGUCGUACACCGGGUACGAGCCGACGUCGAUGCGGGCCAUCCGCGCGCGGUACGACCCCUUCGAGCAGGCCCGCGGCCGGGUCGACCAGCUCAAAUCACUCGGACACUCGGUUGACAAGGUCGAGUACAUCAUCAUGGGCGGCACCUUCAUGUCGCUCCCCGAGGCGUACCGCGAAGACUUCAUCUCGCAGCUCCACAAUGCCCUGAGCGGAUACCAGACGUCCAAGGUCGACGAGGCGGUCGAGGCGGGCGAGAUGAGCAAUGUCAAGUGCGUGGGAAUCACGAUCGAGACGCGGCCCGACUACUGCCUGCAGCCGCACCUCACGGACAUGCUGCGGUACGGCUGCACGCGCCUCGAGAUUGGCGUGCAGUCGCUGUACGAGGACGUCGCGCGCGACACCAACCGCGGGCACACGGUGGCGGCCGUCGCCGAGACGUUUUGCCUGGCCAAGGACGCCGGAUUCAAGGUGGUCAGCCACAUGAUGCCGGACCUGCCAAACGUGGGCAUGGAGCGCGACGUCGACCAGUUCCGCGAGUACUUUGAGAACCCAGCGUUCCGUACCGACGGUCUCAAGAUCUACCCGACGCUCGUCAUCCGCGGCACGGGCCUGUACGAGCUGUGGCGAACGGGUCGGUACCAAAAUUACACCCCCAACGGGCUCAUCGACUUAGUGGCACGGAUCCUCGCCCUCAUUCCGCCCUGGACGCGCAUCUAUCGGGUGCAGCGAGACAUCCCCAUGCCGCUGGUGACGUCGGGCGUCGAAAACGGCAACCUGCGGGAGCUGGCGCUGGCGCGGAUGAAGGACUUUGGUACGACGUGCCGCGACGUGCGGACGCGCGAGGUGGGCGUCAACGAGGUCAAGAACAAGAUCCGGCCGAACCAGAUCGAGCUGGUGCGUCGCGACUACGCGGCCAACGGAGGCUGGGAGACGUUCCUGGCCUACGAAGACCCGAAGCAGGACAUCUUGGUGGCGCUGCUACGGCUGCGCAAGUGCACGGAAAAGUAUACAUACCGUGAGGAGCUGACUGGGCAGCCGACCAGCAUGAUCCGCGAGCUGCACGUCUAUGGCACGGCCGUGCCCAUUCACGCACGCGACCCGCGCAAGUUCCAGCACCAGGGCUUCGGCACGCUGCUCAUGGAGGAGGCAGAGCGCAUCGCCCGAGAGGAGCACGGCAGCGACAAGAUCAGCGUCAUCUCGGGCGUGGGCGUGCGCAGCUACUAUGCCAAGCUGGGCUACUGGCUGGACGGACCGUACAUGAGCAAGUGGCUUGACGGCCGGGGACAGACGGCUUGA